GUGUCCGGUCCCGGGCCGCUGACCCGCAGGAUGUGCGCGGGCCCCGCGGUGCGGUUCGAGUACCGGCGGGGGCUGCGGCGGGACCACGAGCGUCCCGGCCCCGAGCCGUCGUUCGCGGAGCGGCUGCGGCAGCGGCUGCGGUCGGAGCCGGGGCUGCUGGCGGCGCUGCAGGACGACGCGGCCGUUCUGCUGUCCCGGGCGCUGCGGGGCCGCCCCGAGCCCGGCCCGGCGCUGCGGGGUUUGGCCGCCGCCUUCGAGCUGCUGGAGCGGGCGGCGCUCAACCUCUACCUGUAUCCCUGGCGCUCCGAGUUCCGCUCCAUACAGACGUUCUCCGGAGCCUACGUGCACGUGCUGCGGGCGGCGCUGCCCGAGGCCGAGCUGCUGCGGAGCCUGGCCCGGCUGGGCUACACGCGGCUGGACCAGCGCCGCCUCGCCGUGCGCCGCCCGCCGCCGGGAUCCCAGCUCAGCGCUGCCGCCUGCGGCUUCUUCGCCUGCCGGAUCGAGUGCGACAUCAUGGCCGAGCUGCUGCUGCGGCUGCAGCCAAAGCUGCCGAGCGUCGAGGAGCUGCUGGACGCGCGACGCAUCGCCGGGGACAUGGAGACCUGCGUGGAGAUGCUGCGGGAAGCGGCGCCGGGCCGGGACAACGACAGGGAGCGGUACGGGGAUGUACCGGGCUGCAGUGAGGAUCGCUGUCUGCAGAGGGCACACGGCCCUGAACGUGGUGGGGAGCGGGAUGUGAGUCCCCCAGCACUGAACAAGCUGCAGCGGGACCCUGCGGGACUGCAGGGCGUGCUCGGGAGGGACUGGGACGGCUGUGAACGCAGCGAGCUCCGGCAGGAGCUGCUCCCCUGCCCUGCUGCUCCAGACCCUUCCUCCUCUGGCUUCUUGCUGCAGCAGGAGCAGGGGGAGCUGGGCAGCAGCCCCCCGUUGCUCCCCGAGCUGCCCUCCUACCAGCUGCACUCGUGCCUGCAGCAGGGCUCGCUGCCCGCGUUCUGCUGCACCACCUGCCAGCAGCUGCACGCCGGGAGCUGCGCGGCCGGGCUGGCCUGUCGCAGCCGGCACCGCGGGCAGGAGCUGCGCAGUGAGCGGCAGCAGCGGCUGUGGCUGCAGCGCACGGAGGUGGACAUGCUGCUGGCUGACGGCACCAGCACCCGGCCAUAGUGGGCACAGCACGGCGGUGCGGGGAGCUGGGCCCUGCUCUGCUUCCUGCUGUAAGUGACUCGAUGCCUCCCAGUAAAGUGUGGCUGCAUCGUGA